ACUUAACUGAAUAAGUCAGCGGUUUAUAAAACUCAAGGUUAGGUGAAACAUCUGAUUUGUGUAGCACGAGGUUACUUUUUCGACAUAUUAGUCCGAAGGAUUCCAGUCAAAUUCGUAUUUUUCAGGUAUUUUGCAUAAAAAGAGUCUAUGCUUACGACUUGAGGGACUUUUUUUGGACAUUCUUGUCGGUUGUUUCUUCCACUUGCUUAUAAAGUAUGCAUAUGAGCGAAUUUAAUUCAAAAAGCUCUCAGAUUUUGAUAGCAUGUCUGGGCUUUGUUGUUCUAAGCUUGAUUAUAAGUAUUUAACAUGAUUCAGCGUAUACUUUAUGUAGACGCAAUUAGUUUACAGCUUUUGAAGUUGGCUUUCUCAUAGAUGAUUACGAAAACCUAAUUUCGUUGGGUUUUUAUGCAUCGAAACAUUUGACGUAGUUUACAUCCACAAAUGUCACUGUACAUUUUUCAUCGUGAGAUAAGGUGGUUUCUCAAUUUUAGGUUAUAAUUAAAGUGAUGGACAACGCAAUUUCAACUUGAUCGUGACUGUAUGUCAUAACAUUUGUAACUAAGGUAUUCAUACAUUCUGUACAUCGAUUAAUCAUGAAUAACAAUGACUUUGACCGCAAAAGUAUGCAUCCAAGUGCACACGAUAUAAUUAAUUUCUCCGUAUAGCUGUUGCUAGCUGACAAAACCACUUGCAUAUCACAUUCCAUAUAAUUCUUGACUCCAAUUACCUCUGGUACCAAAGUAUGCUACGUAGAGUCAAAUUUUCGAUCGCGUAAGUUAUCGUUGGUGACUGUAAUGAUGUGUUAACGCUAGCCUGAUCACUACCUUUGCUCAUCUAUUACCUUGCCGACCGGGAGAAAGAUUACCACCAGGUAGCACCGUUUCUUGAAGUUACAGGAUUAUCUUAUAAACUACAGAGGGAGAAAGUGAAUAUAUUUUAGUUGUUUUUCAAAUGCUCUGACGUGACUGCUGCCUCAUGGUAUGAGUGUUGUUCACGAAAUCGAGAGGACGGAAGGCGAAUUUCCAGCACUUCACAACGGGGUUGAUGAUACGAAAGAUCCCGCUAGAUGAGUUGAAAUACUCAGAUUCCAAACCAGCGGUGCACAUGAGCUAUAGUAUUUCGAUGUUUAUCAAAGACUUAGUCUCACGCUAAAGAAAUCACGUGCUCCAUUUUGUAUUCCUAGGUAGUAUCCCGAACCUCACACAUUUAGUAAUUUGUGUAGUUUAGAAAUAUUUAGGUGUUUCUUUACCAAUGUUUCCGUGCAUUUCGAGAGUGAAAGCGGACUCACCACUCACGUCCGUGACUGGACAUUUGUGGGCUGUAUGAAAUUCUACAACUGCUAAUAUGUAAUGAAGGAACUUUCCCUUUGUUGAUUAAUGACACUGAAAUCCCGUUUAAUUGCUCGGGUUUAUUUAAAAUGCGGAGUUCCUCAACAUGAAAAUAGAUUUCAUGAAUACCAGAACUGCUUUUACAAAACAACACAGCUAGGCUUUUCUGUAAUUAGUCCACAUAACGGAUGCGGUCCUGCAGUUUUACAAUCUAACGGCGAGAGCUAUUUACUGUGGUCGAGAUGUUGGCACUUUCUGAUGAGUUCUUACGACUUUUCUCAUUGAGUAAGUGGCUAAUAUGCCAGCUCAAGAUAAAGGUGUAAGAUGUACGACGAAAAGUUUUUUUCGGACUCACACCAUUAAAGCGUCCAUUUUGAGAUCCACUUUUCUUGUUUAAGUCGGUAAGCCCUUUAUCCUUAGAUGGUCUUAGAUAUAUUUCUGUUUAUACUACAUAAUCGGUGAAAUCCUUAGAAUAUCAGUUGUUAAUAAAUUGUAGGAGUAUUAAAUGGAAUAAGAAUAUAAACUGUGUGCAUGAACAUCGAGUGUUUUAAGCAUCAGUUUGUACUUUUUGGGAUCGCUGCUGCUUCUGACUUUGGUACUUUGUAAUGUUUUCUUCAAACUCAUUAUCUUGUCAAGACUGAGCAAACUAGAACUGUUGAAGAAGUUAAGUUUUAGUUCUUACUUUACAUAGAGUAGUCUCCAAGUUUAUCACUUCACUGCUCCAAUACAUUAGCACAGCAUCUCAGCUGUAGUUGGUUAAAUUGUCACAAAUAAAAUUAAUAUUUAUUUCUGAAUUGUACGAGUAGUAUGACAUCGGUUUUCUAAAUUUAAAGUUUCAGUUGGCUUUGUUAAACAGGAUUUCUCGAUUUCAUGUACCUGAAAAUUCUCACAACUUGAUGGCCAGUUCUCACCUAGUUCUUUUCUAAAAAAAAUAGGAUAUCUCCAGACGACGUUCUCCAAGCAAUGUUGAUAUACCUCAUUUAUCAAGUACAGAUUCCUGUACUCGAAUGCUAUUAAAGCUAUCCGGGUGCCUAAACUAAAGUAGGUGGAGUGGGAACAUAGUGCUUGCAGUCCGAACACCUAAACCACCAAGCUAUCGCUUUAGAUAAUAUACUGUGCUAAUAGUGUUCGUUUGUACUAAGUCAAAGCAGUGAAUAUUAUUUGAUCUUAUGCACUAUUUAUAAAAUUUCACAUGAUUUGUUCCUAAAUGAUUAAUUAAUUUCCAUAUAUAUCAGGCACUUUUUAUAAUCAGUAAUACCCUAGGGCCAUCUUAAUCAAUGCUUCUUUGUUCAAACGAUAUUGGAUUGCAUCUGUUACCGAUUCUCGUGUGUAUCCUCACUUUUGUUGCAGUCACGACUUGUUAUUUCCUUUCCCUUAAACAAGACCACAUAUCAUCGUACUUUCCUUACAUAAGUGAUGCCGGUUCCAGAAUUCCAGAAAGUUGUAUUUUUGGCCAAUUAUUAAAUAUUGUUUCAGUUUUGGCAGGUUUAUGCUUCUACUCGUGGCAUAAACAUUUGUUAGAUUGUAGUCAGAAAUUUAAUCAACGGCGUUAUCGUCAAAUUAGACUGGCUAGAAUCGCUUUAUGUUUUGGUCUUAUAUGUGCAUUUGGUAUGAGUAUAGUAGCGAAUUUUCAGGAAACAGCCAUUUGGUCUAUGCAUCUUCUCGGUGCAGGUCUACUUUUUGGAGGUGGUUCAAUCUAUUCACUUGUUGUGACAUAUAUAACAUAUAAAUACCUUGAAUAUAGUCCAAUUCGCAUCAUUCGUUUGGUGUUGACAUUCAUUUCUAUUUUUUCAUUUUUAUUACAACCAACAACUGGAUUAGUCGCUCGUUUCAUGUAUGAUGGAGAUAAUAUUAGAAAAUGGAAACCAACUGACAAAGGUUAUUCGUUUCAUGUAGUUAGCAGUAUUUCAGAAUGGAUCACAGCUUUAUCAUUCAUAGGUUUUGUUUUUACACUUGUAUGGGAAUUGAAAAACUACAAAGUACAUCAUAUAAAGAUUGUUCGCCGAUGGAGUAUACUUAGCGUUGAUGAUGAUAAUAAUAAUAAUGACGAAAAUAUGCUUUCUUGAAAUCACUUUUCUUAAUUAUUAUUUAAACUGCUAUCAAAUGUCUAUUCAGAUUUUCACUUAUCCACACUGUUUUCUUUCAUAUUCUUUAUUGGUUUUUCUUCAGUCAAAGCAAAAUAAUUUCUAACCAAUAUUUUUGAAGUUUAUAUAUUUAUAUGACUGAUUUAUCCAGCCAUUUUAACUUGAAUUCAAAAAGAACCGUUUAUACUUGUUUGAACCGAUAUGAAUAAUCUAUUCUUGUUUGCUGACUAAAACAAUCAUGCAAAAUGUAAUUAUCUCUGAUUAGAAUUAAAUACAGUGAAACAAAAAUCCAAUUUAUGAAGUCUGUUCUUGUUUUUUCUUAAUACUAUGUAUGAUGUUAAAACAUUGGAAAAUCGAUCC